UUCAGUCUCAUCGCCGUAAACACCUCAAAUCCUGCCGUUUAAUUACUUGUUUUUUUAUAACAAUCUUAAAAUUCAAAUGCACAAAAAUACCAUAAUAUCACAUGUCUACAAUAACUAUUACUUGACGUUUCGAACAACAUGCAUAUCAGAUUAAUCUUCUGCAUACAUUUUUAAUUAACUUGAUGAGAAAAGUAAACCGUAAAGGGUACUUAACCUCUUAAGUUUCAACUUGAAGCUGCAAGGUUCAGUGAAAUAUAAGCCUCUUUAAAUCUAGUAUCAAAUAAGAUUAAGAUAAAACAUCUUGAAAUACGUAUAUGUGAAUAUUUUUGAAGACGUUAAAACGCAGUUCGCGUCGACUUUAAUGACAUAAAUACUGUACCAAUUUUUAUGAAAAUAGCAAGAAUUGUUCAAAGGGUAAUAUGUUUUGGCUGGCUACAUCAGAAAUAUAGCAGAAAAGUCUAAAGUUUUCAAUUUUCAGACGUAAUUAAUUAGCAGUCAAAAUUUUGUUGUUGUUGUUACUAUGCCAAGUACAGAAUAUGCUUAGUCACUUAUUGUAAAUAUAACAUGCUUAUCAAAAACGGAACGCUCAUUAUAUAUAUAUGGGAUAAUGCGUCACAGGUCACAUGUGGUAAGAAUAUUAGACAUGCAUACAGUUUAGUGAACAGCAUACAGCUGCAGUGAACACAAAUCGGUAUCAGGAAAAGCUACGAUAACGUAAGUAAUAAUUGUCUUAGUUCAAAUGUUGAAAAUGGUAUACGAUUAAGUUAAGGAGUCUAAGAAUUAUAGAAUAUGACAUCUAAUUCUGUUACCCACUUGCAGAAUUAUUCGAUAAAUUUUAUCACUUAACUGUUUGCCCAUGUACUUUUACGCAUCUUAUAUGGUAGGAUAAUGCUUAUGGCUACAUGUGUGUGUUGUACAUAAAAUAUUUCGCUGUCACGGUAAGGGAUUUUUGGCCAAAGGGUUUGUACGAAUGACCAUAAAUCCACUUCUUCUUACGUCUGGUGAUUCACAGAUUUUAUUUCAGUGUGUGAUCGUCACACGUGUAAAUGCACCAGUGUCUUUAGAAGAGGAGACAAACGAGAACCUACAGACGUUCGACUGUAACAGGAUCCGAGAUCCGUGAUUUUGAAGGAUGCUGGGGGCACUCGAUUCCUGGCUCCUGCAGCUAGGAGCUGUCAUCUGCGUCGUCCUAGCUGCUUGGUAUCUGUACUUCAAAAUAUCUUAUUCCUAUUGGGAAAAACGUGGUAUUCCCACUUUGAAACCUAAAGCUCCAUUUGGAAACUUUCGGGAUUCCAUCUUAUUAGGAAGGAACCCUGGAUUCGAAAUAACAGAACUAUACAAAGCUUUUGAUGGCCACAGGGUCGGAGGAGUCUACAGACUCUCUGGUCCAUCUCUUCUUCUGCGAGACACCGAAAUUAUCAAGGAUAUUCUUGUCAAGGACUUUGAUCAUUUCUUCAGUCGCGGAAGGGUAGUUGAUGAGAAAUAUGAACCGCUGGACGGACAUUUGUUUGCAUUAUCAGGGACGAAAUGGAGAAACCUGAGGGUGAAAUUGACUCCGGUAUUCACAACACUAAAAAUAAAGAUGAUGUUUGGAACGGUCAUCGAAUGUGGGAAAGAACUUGAGCAUUUUCUUCAGGAACCAGCCAAUAACGGAGAAACAAUUGAAGUAAAGGAUAUCCUAGCAAGAUAUAGUACAGAUAUUAUAGCUUCUUGUGCAUUUGGAAUUCAGUGCAACUGUUUGAAGAAUCCGGACGCAGAGUUUCGUAACUGGGGAAGAAAAGUAUUUGAACCGCAUUUUAGACAAAGACUGACCUCCAUUCUAAACAUUUUGUAUCCUUCAUUAGUUUACACUUUAAAAGUGUCCUUAAUUCCAAAAGAAGUGAGUAACUACUUCCGGAAAAUGGUGAAGGAAACUGUGGAAUAUCGUGAAAAAAAUAACGUGGAGAGAAAUGAUUUCAUGCAGCUGAUGAUACAACUCAAAAAUAAAACACUGAAUGUAGCAGAGGAGGAAGACGUGAAGACCCUGCAGAAAGAAACUGACGGACUGAAGAGUAGUAAUACACCAUUUGAAGUAACAAUGGAUGUAAUAGCGGCACAAGCUUUUGUGUUCUUUGUCGCCGGCUUCGAGACGUCAUCAACCACAAUGACUUUCUGCCUGUACGAACUGGCGCUGAAUCCAGAUAUCCAGGAGCGACUCCGGUCUGAAAUCAAUACAGUGCUGGAGAAACAUGGAGGAAACAUCACUUACGAAUCCAUUUUCGAGAUGGCAUACUUGGACAAGGUCGUGAAUGAAACGCUGAGGAAGUACCCUCCUUUGAUUUCCCUUACCAGAGACUGCACAAAGUCGAUCAAACUUCGAGGAACUGACGUCACUUUGGAGAAAGGCGUACAAGUGCUGCUACCUGUAUUAGGGCUUCAUCACGAUCCUAAAUACUACCCUGACCCUGAAAGAUUCGACCCUGAGCGCUUCAGUGAAGAAGAGAAGAAGAAGAGACCGCCGUUUAGCUUCCUUCCAUUUGGAGAAGGACCGAGGAUCUGCAUAGGAAUGAGGUUCGGCCUGUUGCAGACCAAGGUGGGCAUCAUCAGCUUCCUGGCCAACUACGAGGUGAGGGUUUCAGAGAGGACCACAGUACCGCCAGUACUUGACCAGCGAACCUUCAUAUUAUCCACUGUCGGAGGAAUGUGGCUUAAAAUUGUGAAUAGACAUAAUAAAAGUAACUCAAUUUAGCACAAAAUAUAAUAGUCUGUUGGUUUACUAAAUGUAUUAAUUCAUGAACAGUAAAUCCAUACAAAAACAUAGCGUUAUUCGUAUAUAGAAAUGGGAACUUUCUGUAACACUCAGAAUAAGGGAGGAAUUAGAUUUUUAAAACUUAUUUUGUAUACCUUGUUUCUAGAAUAAAGUACUGCAUUUAUGUUUAAA